AUGGCCCAUAUAUCUUCUAGGGACAAUUGGCCACAGGACAUGCCAAAUGAGCACCGACGGCUGGUGGACAACGCAAAUGCGCCAAUUUGCUGCUGGCCACUGUGUUUCCACUUUGAGUUGCCAGAAGACACCGCGCCCCGGUUUGAGCCAAGAGAGGAGAGAGAAAUAUUCAUUUUGGACAUGUGGUGCCCUCGAGCCAAAACGGCAACCUGGUCUGGUUCGACCACAUUUAACCGGUCCGACCCGGCAGUUAGGGUAUCGACGCCCUCCCGCCUUCCCUCUCUUCCCCAUCCCCUUCUCCAAGUCGGUGGCUGUGGCGAUUUGGUUGACGGCGGCGGUGGCGCAGGCUUGGCGGGCGCGGGAUUGUCAAGUGGGCCGGUGGGGGCAAGCAGAGGCCUGAAGAUGGCGACGGGCUCCGGCGCUUCCUCCUCGACAGGUUCGCGCGGACCGAGUCGACAGCCGUCGACGGGUGGGCAGCCGCUGUGCCCUUUCUGCCGGACGGCCACCAUUGUGGACCGGACCUCCAGAACCACAAACAACCUAGAUAAGCAGUUCUACACUUGCAAGAAUCGGGACUGGGGCAACAGCAAGUGCGCUUUCUUCAUGUGGAAGCCGGUGAGUGAUGGCGUCGAUGCUGCAUCAUUGAUGGCCGGAGUCCAGGCAUUGGAGAAGUCUCUGUUGGCCCUAGGCAAUUCUGUUGAAGCUCAGAGUCUCCAUGUCAGUAGAAUAGCUGGGCAGCAGAGAGUGGAUAGGUGGUUGAAUGUGGCCAGUGUGUUUGUAGGAGUUGUGUGCUUUGUUGUCUUGUGCAGUUGUCUUGUGCAUCUUAAUGCAGAAGCAAGAUUAACUUUGUAA